UCAUUCAGAGGUCGUGCGCAGGGGAAGCAGAGGCUUGGAAGCCUGCUCGCCUGCUCUCUUGGUGGCAGGCCAAGGUUCACGCCGGCGGCUACCCGACACGUGUUUGUUGAGAUGUCGCAGCCGCUCAGCCUCGGCGGGCCUGGUUCUACCGCCGCGGCGGCGGCGGGAGCUCUGGUCGCCAUUGGCCACGGAUGGUGUCGAUCCAUCAAGGUUCGUUAAAUUUCUCUGGCUUCUCUGUACAAGAGUGAGCUGCUGCUGCAGAGACCGCUGCACCGACGCCGCCACUGGCCACCCGGACGAGACGACUGGAGGCGAGCAGAAGCCCAGAGGGAGCGCCGUCCUGGCCAGCAACGUGCCAUGGCAGCUUCCAGUUCCGGUUCAACCUGGCAGCAUCGGGGAGCUCUGUCUGUAAAUCUGUGUGCAGGGAAGAUUACGCCGGACAAAACCAUGAAUUCGUAUUGUCCUACUGCCAAAAGCAGUGACCAAGAGAUAUUGUGCAGAUUAGUACUGCCUGCCUUAUGUGACAGGAGGGGCAGGCAUAGAUGAUCGAUGGCCGAUCCGGUGGCCACCGUGGAGAAGAUCGUCAAAAUCGGGCUCAAGAUCAAGGACGCCGUGGACAAGGCUCGCCACAACGAGGACGAGUGCCGCGAGAUCAGAAAGAGGGUGCUCAGGUUCAGCGCCAUCCUGUCGCAGCUGCAGCAGACAGGGAUGAUGAACGACAGCCUGGCGAUGAGCGGCGCGCUAGAGGACCUGGAGGAGAGCCUCCGUCGAGGCCUCGAGCUCGUCAUGGCCUGCCGGGAGAGGAGCGCCUUCCGCCACCUUAUCUCGGCAGGGAACCUGUCCAGGCAGCUGCGCCGGGUGAAAGAGGACAUCCUGAACAAAGUGAUGCUCGCCUCCUUCGCUAUCAAUGCCCACACAACCAUCGUGUUGCUUACAUUCGAGGCUGGUGGUCACCCUCCGCUCCGGCUGCAAGAGGAUACAGGAGUGAUACAGACAUCACAUAGCGGUCACUCUACAAAUGAUGCCAGAUCCAAAUUGAACGACAAGAGAAACAAUGUACUAGCCGAAGCGCCCUUUCCACCCUUACUAGGUUUGAGAGAGUUCAAGUUAUCUGAGUUGGAGGCUGCUACAAGUAACUUUUCACAUGACAACAUCAUUGGCCGAGGUGGUGGUUCUAUUGUCUACAAGGGUGUAUUAAACAACGGAUACAUGGUUGCCAUCAAGAAAAUUUUAGAUCCAGCUAGAUUUGAUUGGGCACGCACUUUAGAUACUCAUCUUCUUGUUUCAAAGCUUCAGCACAAAAAUAUAGUAAAAAUUCUGGGAUAUGUCAACCAUGAAGUCCGAACUACAUCUCCUUCAGUGGCGUGCAGAGAAGGUCAAGUUAUAAAAACAGAAUUUUUUUUGGGUUGAAGAAUAUGCAGCGAACAGAAGCCUGAACAACAUUAUCAUUGGGUUUGAAAUUGAUUGGUGCACACUUUUCCAGAUAAUUGAGGGGGUCGCCCAGGGCAUGCACUGCCUACAUGAACAAGGCAUUGCCCAUUUGGAUCUGAAACCAGGCAAUGUCCUCUUGGAUUCUGAUAUGAAUCCAAAGAUUAUUGACUUUGGAAUAUCUGAAGUGUUGCGUGACAACAAGAUCUAUACCCGUGGCAAUGCUGUAAGAGGCACAAUGGGAUAUAUUGCUCCAGAAUACAUGGCGGACGGCAUCGUGUCAACAAAGAACGAUGUGUACGCCUUUGGCAUAACCCUCAUUGAGACUAUUGGCAGUAUCCGCGUAUUGAAACCACCCAGAGAAUACCCCUUAGAUGGAUGGGCUUGGAAGGCUCGGGAACGUGGUAGGAUGGAUGAAAUAUUUCAUCCGGAACUGUAUAAUAAUGAUGCGUCUCAGCUAAAGGAGAUCAAGAGAUGCGUGGAGGUAGCACUGCUGUGCACUCAGUGUGAUCCAGCAGACCGGCCCCCCAUGGAGGAUGUUCUUCAGAUGCUACCUGGCCUGAAAAAGUUGCCAACCCCAAAGAAACCAAGUUAUAUGUUACCGAUUCGCAAGACUCAUGGUUUUGGACUCUCCUCCGUCUGAACUGUCAGACGUGUCAUUAAGUCCUAGAUGAGCAUUUAAUUUACAUCCACAAUUGAAUGCUUUUUUUUUUGCGAGUGCACAAGUGAAUGCUUACAGCCAAGUGUUCCGGGCUUACAGCAUAGUUUGCCUUAGCUUGUAAGGUACUGGGUCGACACAAAAAAAAAGGGUAGAGAUAUCAUGGGUGUAUCUUAUCAUUCAUAUCUGAAUCGAACUAUCGCAUCUGCAUUUAUGGGAAUCACAUCUGCAUUUCGACACA